AUGCGCUUUCUAGCGCUGCUGGCGGCAUGUGCCGUGGUAGCGAGUAUAGAGGCUGUGGAUCCUUGCAAGCGACAACCAUUCCGUGGCAGGUGCCCUUCUAAGAAUGGUGAAAGUCCGAAACGAUCUCAGUUUGUGCUCCGGUACUACAUGCGGAAUGGAGAAUGCGUCAGCUAUCCCUACGGACACUGCGCUAACGACGAUUCGGAGCCGCAGCUCUACCGAUAUAAGGAAGAAUGCGAGGAUGCAUGUAUAAACCCUCCUCCAGCACCACUCAAACUUUGCAUUUCCUUCAUUUUGCAUGAACUACUUAUUUUCUCUUGCAUGUUCCUUUUUUCACCACAGGCGCCAUUGAAGUCAACGACAGUGGAGGAGACGACGUCAACUACGACUACUCCCUCCACAAGCACCUCUGAAGCACCCACAACCUCCAAAGAGGCACCAACAACCACCACUACCCCAGUAGUUCCCACUACUGAAACAUCGAGCACUACUAUUGAAGAUAUAACAGCAAACAAGAAAACUACGAUGACUACCAUGGAGACUGCACCGACAACUCCAAGAAUGACUACUACCACCACUAAAACAUCCACCACCACUACCACCACUGUAGAACCAACCUCAACACAAAGCACAACCAUUAGACGAAACAUUCACGUAAAGACAACUGAACGAUUAUCGGUUGUUCAGGCUGACAACACAUCCAGGUCCGUGUCGUCGCAAUCGCCCGCAACGACUGGUGAGUAUUUUCACUUUUCCAGAGCAUUCCUCUUUUUUUGUAUAUUCCAGUGUGAACCCGAUGGUCGGCAGUGUUUCUGUGUAGAUGCGAAGGGAAUCGAGAUCGCGAACAGCCGUACUCGAAAUGGGCAGAAGCCUGAUUGCGAUGGAAUUCAACUUUCUUCUGCGCCGAAGACAAAGGAAUGCGUUGGUGGAGCGGCUCGCGGGCCUUGCUCUGCAGCGCUCACUCGAUGGUACUACGAUGAGCAGGAAGCAAAAUGCAAAAGAUUCACCUUUUCGGGAUGUGGCGGAAACGGAAACAAUUAUGAUACCGAAGAGGCGUGUAUACGCCGCUGUGCUCCACCACCUAUGGGGUUGCCGAAAUGCGAAAAAGGCGAACCACUGAAGACGAAAUUAGGAGUACCAGUGAACUGUGCCAAGUCAGACUGUCCAUAUGGCUACAAGUGCAGCGUCGUCCAGCAGACUAGUGUUUGCUGUCCUGAGAACAAUAAAAUCAUUGGUCUCCAGACAUCUGGAUCUGCAGACGUAUGCUCAUUACCCAAGGAACGAGGGCCAUGCGAUAAGUAUGAACUGCGUUUCUACUACAAUGCUGAGCUAAAGGAGUGCAAAUACUUCUUCUGGGGCGGAUGUCAAGGCAACAAAAACAAUUUUGAGAAGGUCGAGGACUGCGAGGCGACUUGCGGCAUUAACCAACGUUUACCAUUUCGAACUACUCAGGGGAUACGUAUCACUCCCGGAAAUCUCUCUAAAAAUGACGACGGCUCCGUGGUAGAAAGGUAUGUUUAUAUGGUAUCAAUUUUACUUCCAGUAAACCGUUGUCUGCACCCGAAAGAUCCUGGAACCUGCCGUGGACAAUUCAUUCGAUGGUACUGGGACAACGAAAGAAAGACCUGCGACGUGUUCACGUAUACCGGAUGUCAAGGAAAUGGCAACAACUACGCAAGCAGGGAGGAAUGCUUGGCGAUCUGCCACAAGGAAGCCACUCCAGUCGUCGCCCAUGACUUUUCUAAUGUAUGCAAGCACGACGUCGACGCGGGUGAAUGCAAUGGUGUAUUUCAGAGAUUCGCUUUCGAUACUGAGUCUGGUGAAUGCCGUCCGUUCACUUAUGGUGGCUGCGGAGGCAACGGAAACAAUUUCGCAACUCUUGCCGAGUGUCGUAUCAAAUGUCAAAAAGUUGCCCUGUCUCCUGGCAAUCUGUGUGAACAUGACAUCGAGGUUGGCGAGUGCAGCGGAGUUUUCGUGAGAUUCGGCUACGACAAGUCUACUAAUGACUGUCGCCAAUUCACCUACGGAGGUUGUGGAGGCAACGGAAACAACUUCGCUACAAUCCAAGAGUGUCGAAAUGUCUGCAUCAGGAAGGUAUGCAAUCCAAAUCCGCAGUGCGACUUGACUCGAUGUCAAAUUGUUAAUGAUCGGAACGGGUGCCCGUUCUGCAGCUGUCCACCGACUAGUCAGCCUUCACCACCAGGUACAUUAAUUUCCUCUGUUCUGUCUCUGUGUCCAGAAGUGAACGUGGACACCUGUAAAGAGCCCUGUAUCAUCAUUAACAAUAGGAAAGGCUGCAAGGAUUGCGUAUGUCCCUCUCUAUCGGGCUCAAUCGGCCAGCCACCCGCGUCGUUCGAGGAUCAAGACGCGUCACCAAUAGCGCCAUCGACAUCCCGCCCAGUAACACCAACAGUUCCACCCACUAGCGUUGGUCCGCCUUCUGGUCCCACACCCAACCGCAGUUCGCCUCCGGGAACUAUCACUGGACAUAUUCCUCGACGUCAAGGUAAUAUCAUGCUCGAAUAUGGUUUCCUCUUCAUGCACCCCAUGCUGCAAGAGCCCGGUCCAUGUAAACACUUUGUCGAUCGUUGGUUCUUCAACGGUGAAGACGGUACUUGCCAUCCAUUCAAGUAUGGUGGCUGUGCGGGCAACCGUAACCACUUCUUCUCGCAGAACGAGUGCGAAAUCCAUUGCGCCCGCUUCUUACCAACUACGGGCAAGCAGCUCAGUGCGGAACCGUCGACAUCGCAAACUCAGACCACACUCACUUCUACGGUGACGGCUGCACCAGUGGGAGUCCCAACGGAACGCGAAGAGAUCGAUGCGCGAGUUCUUUGCUCUUUGCCUCCAGACGCGGGACCGUGCUUCGAAUAUGUUCCUCGAUGGUUCUUCAACGCUCAAAGUGGUCAAUGUGAACAGUUCUCAUAUGGCUCCUGUGGUGGAAACGAGAACAACUUUGCAGAUAGGUCUGUAUGUGAGAUCAAGUGUCUGCGAGCUCAUUCUACUCUACUCUCACACGUGCCUGAACGAUGCACUUAUGAGCGAGACGGAGGCAGUGGCAAAGGCUAUAACGUCAAGUGGUAUUUCAACAUGAAGAACUUGCGAUGUGAGCAAUUCGUUUAUGAAGGACGAGGAGGUAACCAAAAUCAAUUCGAAACGCUCAGUGACUGCGAACGUUACUGUUCACGUAAGCUACUAUAUCAAUCUACCUCGAACUUUGAGCCACCGAGAACUCUCAACCUGGGUCACCCAAAUAUGUCGCUCCACCAACGACUACAACGAUUCGCCCACCAGCACCUCACUGAAGGGGAAGAGUCAAGAAAGGACUUGCUCUCGUGUCCCAAUGGACUAAAAGAACUUCGGUACGCUGAUGGACGACCGGUUAUGUGCCUCCCAGGAAAGAAUCAGUGCCCGGAAAAAUCAGUCUGUUACUUCAAUGGAGUGGAUUUCUUCUGUUGUCCAAAUGAGGAGGAUCCUUAUGACAAACACGUGUUCGGAGGUUACGACGGUGAGGAGACAAAGCAUGGUUAUAAGGUGUUCGGACCUUUGAAUAUUCGGCGUUUAAUGGAUGAGGUACCGCUUCGAGCUCUCCGCCGUCAAGCCUCAAGCAACGCCUUUACCGCUAUUGACUCCAUCACUGCCCCUCUACGUUUUGACGAAGAGAAACCUCGAACGGUGUCGAGGGCUCAGCGAAUGCGUUCUAAUCCUUCCCCACCUCAUCACGGUAAUCCGAUAUGUAUCGAACCCCUAGCUACUGGAGACUGUGGUGCCGCUCAUUUGCGAUACUACUAUGACCGCGACUCAGACAAAUGUCGACUGUUCUACUAUACUGGCUGCAAAGGGAACAACAACAACUUUGGCAGUAUGAUUGACUGUCAAAGACUCUGUGUACUUGGUGGACAGAGUGAGUUGCUUUUCUUUUUUAAUUGCCGUUUUAUCGUUCAAACUCUCACAUUGAUUGCAGGACCUAGACCGGAAUCGGAUGCAUCUACGCCUCCGCCAUGUCCAGAUGGCAAAUCUCCCUUAGGUGGAUCGGCACCAGUGCUAUGUGGCAAUACGACCGAUUCCAUUGGUUGCCCUACAGGAUUCUUCUGUCUCCAUGGUCCCCCUGACAUUUGCUGCCCGAACGGCGAAGUGAAAAGAAAAGUCAGCCUGAAUUUUUCAGCCCACUCUCGCAACGUAUUGCUCUCAACCCCCAAAUACAUGUGUCCUGAUGCCUCCGACCCUCUCAUGGCCUCCAACGGAGAACCAACGAAUUGUGGUGCUGGAUUCGAUGGGAUGAAACUCUGCCCGAAAGGAUUUUACUGUGCUAUUGAUGUCGAGAAACAAUGUGCGCCUUUAAAGUCGCCCGGUCGCUUCUUCUUCCUAGUAUCAAUGUUGGAGACCACAACUUCCGUUUUCGCUGAAGAAUCAGAGGAAUUCGAGGAUGGAGAAGAUGAGGAAGAUGAGGAAGAAGGAAUGGCUCAUCUUAUGCUAAAACCUGCUGAAAAUACCACCCCCGCCACUUCAACGGCGCUGCCCGAAUCUGAGGAUCAUCACAUCAUCGACCUUCCUACUGAGCCACCAACAGUAGAAGAAGUGCAUCCCGUAAAGACAGCUGAAGAUAAAUCUGUGUGCCAAAUCAAGCCUUCGGAAGGACGGGCUUGUCGCGAAGACGAAAAGCCACCUCGAACGAACCUGCACUACUUCUACUCACCCAAAGACCGUCGUUGUAAACUCUACUUCUUCCGUGGCUGUGGCGGAAAUGCGAAUCGGUUUGAGAAGAAAGCAGACUGUGAACGUCUCUGCUUGUCGUAG